AUGUGUGAGAUACGUGUCACUACAACCCGAUAUGCCCGUUGCCCGGCGACAUGCACCAGCGUCUCUCGGGAUCUGAUUACGGACGGCUGCCCCCAUUACGCCUCGACUCAACGACAAUGUGAAAAUCCCAGAGAAAAACAUCUUGGUCAAACUGUUAGUCGAAACCAAUGCCAUUUGCACAGAGAUGAGGGUUAUGCCGAAAGAGACACGAGAUAA